GGGCAUCAGAAAGAUUGUAACUACGCCGCAUUUCGCAAUAGCUGUAAUACUUUUUUGGCAGAAAGUUCUAUUGUAAUUAAACUAUAUAAUGCCGAUUGCUAAUCUUACCACAGGCGUGAUUGCGCGCAUCAUGCACGGCGAGGAUGUCCCACAGCCGGUGUUACAAAUCUUGGGUAUCAAACGGAUCAACACAAAUACGGAUCAGGAACGCUUUCGGUUAUUGAUGUCCGAUGGCAAGUAUUACAACAGCUAUGCCAUGCUGGCCAGCCAAUUGAAUGAAAUGCAGCACAAGGGACUGCUCAACGAAAACACAAUUGUGCGUCUGGACAAGUACAUGACCUCCAUGGUUGGCAAAGAGGGCUCCGGCAAACGCGUACUCAUUGUAACCGAGGUGACUGUGCUGAACUCCGGUGAUGAGGUAAAAACCAAAAUAGGCGAACCCGUGACGUACGAGAAUGCGGCUAAGCAGGACACCGUGCCAAAAGCAGCUCCUGUUACAGCGAGUGCUCCAGUAAAGAAGGAGCAAUCUUACAAUAAUAAUAACAACAAUAACAAUACCAUGAACAGCACCAUGAACGGUACACUCAAUGCCAGUCUCACACAUCCGAUUGCCAGCCUAAGUCCGUAUCAGAACAAAUGGGUGAUUAAAGCACGAGUUACCUCAAAGACGGCCAUACGUACCUGGAGCAAUGCUCGCGGCGAAGGUAAGCUUUUCAGUAUGGAUUUGAUGGACGAAUCCGGAGAAAUUCGUGCCACCGCUUUUAAAGAGCAGUGUGAUAAGUUCUACGAUUUGAUCGAGGUGGGCAAUGUCUACUUCUUCUCCAAGUGCCAGCUUAAGCCGGCCAACAAGCAGUACUCUCAAUUGAAGAAUGAUUAUGAGAUGACUUUCACCGGCGAGACUAUGGUUCAGCUAUGCGACGAGGACGACAAUGGUGGCAUACCCGAAAUUAAGUUCGAUCUGAUACCUAUUUCGCAAGUGUCGAACAUGGAAAACAAAGAAGCCGUCGAUACAAUAGGCAUUUGCAAAGAAGUGGGCGAGCUGCAGACCUUCACUUCACGCACAACCAAUAAGGAGUUGAAGAAACGCGAACUCACCCUGGUGGAUAUGAGUAAUGCUGCCGUCACUCUAACGCUCUGGGGCGAUGAGGCCGUCAAUUUCGAUGGACAUGUGCAGCCCGUCAUCUUGGUCAAGGGAUCGCGUAUCAAUGAGUUCAACGGUGGAAAAAGUCUCAGCAUGGGUGGUGGCUCGAUUCUUAAAAUUAAUCCAGAUAUACCUGAGGCCCACAAGCUGCGAGGUUGGUUCGAUAACGGAGGCGGCGAUAAUAUAAGCACCAUGGUCUCUGCGCGCACUGGCGGUGGCAGCUUCAGCACGGAUUGGGUGACCCUGAAAGAUGCUCGCAUUCGAAAUCUGGGUUCGGGCGACAAACCAGACUACUUCCAAUGCAAGGCAGUUGUGCAUAUUGUCAAGCAGGAGAAUGCAUUCUACAAAGCGUGUCCUCAAACGGAUUGCAAUAAAAAGGUCGUAGAUGAGGGAAAUGGCCAAUACCGCUGCGAACGCUGCAAUGCAGCAUUUCCCAACUUCAAAUAUCGUCUUCUGAUUAACAUGAGCAUUGGGGAUUGGACUUCAAACCGUUGGGUAACCUGCUUCAGCGAGGUCGGUGAACAGUUGCUGAAGCACUCGGCUCAGGAAGUUGGUGAUGCUUUAGAGAACGAUCCGGCAACCGCGGAGAAAAUGUUCUCCGAUAUUAAUUUCUCAUCUUACAUUUUCAAAUUGCGUUGCAAGAAUGAGAUGUACGGCGACAUGACGCGCAACAAGCUGACUGUCCAGUCCAUGAGUCCCAUCAACUACAGGGAAUACAAUAAGCAUCUCAUAAAAGAGCUUAAGGAAAUGACGGGCAUUGGACCUGCUAACUAGCUCUUCUACACGUGCAGCGCGCGUCUUUUUGAAAUAUAUAUUAAGCUAAUUAAUUAAGUUUAAAUAUUAUAUAU